AUGGCAGCUAUCAAUACAAUUUCACCUUCAGCACGACCUCGUAUCCGGGAGCUUUUGCCAAAACUCUACCUCGGUCGUCACCGGCCUGGAACCAAAAACUCCCUAACUGAUGUUCCAGGUGUUCUGGUUCAUACUGAGUCAAUCAAGCGCCCCUCUACGACAACCAGCCAUGCGGUCAACACAGGUGUAACCACGAUCCUACCCCGCCGGGAUUGGUUUAACUCGGGCUGUUACGCAGGGUAUUUUCGCUUUAAUGGAUCUGGCGAAAUGACUGGCUCACACUGGUUGGAUGAGACUGGUCUACUGAACUCCCCGAUCAUUCUCACUAAUUCGUUCUCGGUCGGUGCAUGCUACACUGGGGUCUACGAGUAUGCUGUUCGGGAGUAUAAGGACAAGGAAACCGGAUUGGUGGACUGGUUCCUGCUCCCAGUCGUGGCCGAAACGUGUGAUCUUUUCCUCAGCGACAUUGGUGCUAUGGCAGUUACGUCGGAUAUGGUUGUUCGAGGAAUUGACCAGGCCAGCGCCGACCCCGUGAAAGAAGGUAACACGGGUGGGGGAACCGGCAUGAUGUGCCAAGGCUUCAAAGGCGGCACUGGGAGUGCCAGUCGUGUUAUUGAUGGGGUGGCUUUCGGCGCUGAGACAAACUAUACUGUUGCUGCUUUGGUCCAGGCAAACUACGGCGCGAAGAGAGAUCUCCGCUUCGGUGGCGCUCCUGUUGGGCUCCUGAUGGAGCAAGAAGACAGGGCGGCUGCCAAAGAGGACGAUGCAACCAAGGCCAAGGAUGGAAGUAUCAUCGUGGUGAUCGCAACGGAUGCGCCACUUCAUCCGACCCAGCUCCAGCGCUUAGCCAAACGAGCGACUGUUGGGCUGUCACGCGUGGGAGGAUGGGGCUCAAAUAGCUCCGGGGAUAUUUUCAUCGCCUUCAGUACGGCUGAACAGAUUCCACGAGCUCCAGAUUUCAGCUGGAAGCCAACAGUUGAACAGAAGAUAUCUGUGGUGCAGGAUGUGACGAUUAACGCCUUAUUCGAAGGUGCAGCUGACGCCACGGAGGAAGCGAUCUACAAUGCAUUAGUAGGCGCUGAAGACAUGGAAGGCCCUCGGGGAAAGAUAGUCAAAGCGGUGGAUCAUGAGAGAUUGAAAACCAUCAUGGAAAAAUAUUUGUAG